AUGGCAGAGAUUAUUAAAGAAGAAUUAAAUAUAGAAGAGUUUGAGAUAAAGGAAGAGGUAGUUUCCUUUAAGGAAGAAAUCCUUCUCUCCUCUACCGUAGAAGAUACAUGUAAAGAUGAUAUAAAAAAAGAAAAAAAAGGAAUACAAGUAAAACCUGUAUUUGAUCAUGAUUUUCAAACUGAGCCAAUCAUCAAACAUGAAUUCGAAGAUUUUAAUUCAGGUGUACAAGAUGUUGAAAACAGUAAACUUGUAUUUGAUCCCGAUUUUCACACCGAGCUAAUCAUUAAAAACGAAUAUGAGGAUUGUAUCUUGUAUGUAUCUUGUUCUCAAUGUGAAAAUGCCGCAACUACUGCAUAUUCUUUGAGGAUCCAUGUAGAAAGUAAACAUGAAGGAUUGAGAUAUUCUUGUUCUCAAUGUGAACAUGACGCAACUACUGCAUAUUCUCUGAGGAUCCAUGUAGAAAGUAAACAUGAAGGAGUGAGAUAUCCAUGUUCUCAAUGUGAGCAUGCUGCAACUACGGCAAAUAAUCUGAAGAAACAUGUUGAAUAUAAACAUGAAGGAGUUAGAUAUCCUUGUUUGCAUUGUGAAUUUGCUGCAACUACAGCAAGUUAUCUGAAGAUACAUGUUGAAGGUAAACACGAAGGAGUGAGAUAUCCAUGCUCUCAAUGUGAUUAUGCUGCAACUAUGUCGAGUGACUUGAAGAAACAUGUUGAAAGAAAACAUGAAGGAGUGAGAUAUCAUUGCUUUCUAUGUGAGCAUUCGGCAACUUCAGCAGGUAACCUGAAGAAACAUGUUAAAAGAAAUCAUGAAGGAGUGAGAUAUUCAUGCUCUCAAUGUAAUUAUGCUGCAACUAUAUCGAGUGACUUGAAGAAACAUGUUAAAAGAAAACAUGAAGGUGUGAGAUAUCCAUGCUCUCAAUGUGAUUAUGCUGCAACUAUAUCGAGUGACUUGAAGAAACAUGUUGAAAGUAAACAUGAAGGAGUGAGAUAUCCUUGUCCUGAAUGUUUAAAAGAUGUUGAAAACAGUAAACCUGUAUUUGAUCCCGAUUUUCACACCGAGCUUAUCAUUAAAAACGAAUAUGAGGAUUGUAAUUUAGGUGAAAACAUGGAUGACAGAUUUGAAAAUUUUAAAUCAAAACCAAAGUGAAACAAGAAACGUGAAGUGGAAUACACUUGUAAUGAGUGUGAGUAUGUUGCAACUGAAGCAGGCAAUCUAAAAUACCACAUCAAAAGUAAACAUGAAGG